AUGCUCAGCUCGGCCGCCGUCACGGGUGCUGGCUGCAAUGAGCCUUUGAGCUGUCAGCUGGCUAUCAGCUGGUACCCGGAGCCAAUUGCCAGUCGCCAGAUGGAGUGCCAAACCCUCGGGGUGGCUGUAGCUCACUGGAGGAGACACUCAAGAAAGAAGAAGCUGUUUGAGGCCAAAGAGCUGAAGUGGGUCCAGCAGUAUGCAGUGGAUGUGACUCUUGAUCCUGAUACAGUGCAUCCUAAUCUCAUCCUGUCUGAUUAUGGAAAACAAGUAAAUCACAGUGACCUGAGGAAGAGUCUUCCAGAUAACCCAGAGAGAUUUACACUUUAUUGUAAUGUUUUAGGAAAGCAGAAUUUCUUUUCAGGCAGAUUUUACUUUGAGGUUCAGGUUAAAGGAAAAUCUAAAUGGGAUUUAGGAGUGGCCAAAGAGUCGAUCGACAGGAAAGGAAAAAUCAUACUGAGCCCUAAGAAUGGUUUCUGGAGUGUAGCACUGAGAAAUGGAAAUGAGUACAGAGCUCUUACUGGUUCUCCAUUCCCCCUCUCUCUUCAGUCUGCACCUGAGAAGGUAGGGGUGUUUGUGGAUUAUGAGGAGGGUCAGGUCUCCUUUCAUGAUGUAGAUACUGCUUCUCUCAUCUACUCCUUCACUGAAUGCUCCUUCACUCAGAAACUCUACCCAUACUUCAGUUCCUGUGAUAAUGAUGAUGGUAAAAACUCUGCACCUCUGAUCAUCUGUCCUUAG